CCACCAUAAUGAAUUUGAGAACAUUUUCAUCACCCUAAAAAGAAACCUGGAAAGACACUGCUGAUCCUGUAACAUGGAGGAUUGCCUUCAUACCUCUUCUGAGAAUCUGUCCAAAUUGGUCAGCUGGGCCCACAGCCAUGGGACUAUUUGCAGCCUCAUUCCUAACCUGAAACACUUGCUUUCGGAAGGUUCUCACGGGAACCUGACAGCAAUGUGGGGCUGUAGUGCUGGCCAUGCUUAUCACUGGCCACUGACAGCUACUUGCAGAGCUGGCUCCCAGGAGAGGGUCUGUUUCCAGGAUAACAGAAGUUUUAACUCGGAUAGUCCCAGCAUAAUUGGAGUGCCCUCUGAGACACAAACUAGCCCCGUUGAAAGGUACCCUGGGAGACCAGUGAAAGCGAAGCUAGACUGUAAUCGGACCAGAGACUCUUGUGACUUCUCUUACUGCAGUGAGCCAUCUGAACUGGAUGAAGCUGUCGAAGAAUAUGAAGAUGAAAACACCCUGUUUGACAUGGUGUGUGAGUCGUCAGUUACAGAUGAGGAUAGUGACUUUGAACCCCAAACCCAAAGGCCUCAAAGCAUUGCUCGAAAAAGGCCUGGAAUACUCCCGUCUUCUCUCCAUUCAAGCUCCCAGGCUCAGAUGGUUGAUGAAUGCAGCAAUGAUGUCAUCAUCAAGAAGAUCAAACAAGAGAUUCCUGAAGAUUAUUACAUUGUGGCAAAUGCAGAGCUGACCGGAGGAGUCGAUGGACCAGCCCUGUCGUUGACACAGAUGGCAAAACCCAAGCCUCAGACUCAUGCUGGCCCCUCUUGUGUAGGGUCUGCUAAGCUAAUUCCCCAUGUAUCUUCUGCCAUCAGCACAGAGCUAGACCCACAUUGUGUGUCUGCAUCCCCCUCUGUGAUGUCCAGACCAAUCGUCCAGAAGACCACCAGGGCAUCUCUGGCUUCACCAAACAGAGGACCCUCUGGUACCCACAGCACCAACCAGCAAGUGGCCAUGCAGAUGCCUGUGAGCACAUCCCAUCCUAACAAACAGAUCAGCAUCCCUUUGUCUGCCCUGCAGCUGCCUGGACAGGAUGAGCAAGUGGCUUCCGAAGAGUUCCUGCCCCAUCUGCCCAGCCAGGUCUCCUCCUGCGAGGUAGCCCUUUCUCCUUCCGUUAACACAGAGCCAGAAGUGAGCUCCAGUCAGCAGCAGCCCCAAGUCGCUCCAACCAUAACCACCGAGGCCAUGGCACAGUGCAUACCAGACCAGGAUGAAAGAGCAGCUGAGCUCAGCAGAGAGCAGAAUGAGAAAACCAUCCGGAGCACGCAGACCGCGCUCCGCAAUUUCCCAUAUUCUACUAAGCUCAACAAAUUUCCUGUAUUUAAUAUUAAUGAUGACUUGAAUGAUCUGUGUACCAGUGCAGUAAGCCCAAAUACUACCAAAGCCACGCGGUAUGCCCUGAAUGUGUGGCGCUACUGGUGCAUGACCAAUGGGCUCAAAGAUCACACGGACAUCACCAAGAUCCCUGCAGUGAAGUUGAACGAGCUGCUUGAGAACUUUUACGUCACCGUUAAGAAGAGCGACGGCUCGGACUUCCUGGCCACCUCGCUCCAUGCCAUCCGCCGGGGCCUGGACCGCAUCCUGAAGAAUGCAGGUGUGGGCUUUUCCAUCACCAGCAGCACCUUCAGUUCUUCCACCAAGAAACUCAAGGAGAAGCUGUGGGUCCUGAGCAAGGCAGGGAUGUCAGGGGCCCGUUCUCGCAAUAUCAUCUACUUCUCCCUCUCCGACGAGGAGGAGAUGUGGCAGGCGGGGUGCCUAGGGGAUGACAGCCCCAUCACUCUCCUGUCCACUGUGGUCAAGUACAACAGCCAAUACCUGAACAUGCGGACACUGCAGGAGCAUGCAGAUCUGAUGUACGGCGACAUCGAGCUGCUCAAAGACCCACAAAACCAGCCCUAUUUUGCCCGGACGGACAGUGUCAAGCGGGAGAGUCGGAGUGCUUCCACUCGCAUAUGUCACGGGAAAAUCUACCACGAGCAUUCCAGGGGGCACAAACAGUGUCCUUACUGCCUGCUCUACAAGUACAUGUACAUCCACCGGCCCCCCACCCAGAUGGAGGCCAAGUCCCCUUUCUACCUUACCGCCAGGAAGGAGGCUGUCGACAUGGGCAGCGUGUGGUAUGAGGAGCAGAGGAUGGGACUGCGGUCUCUUCGGGGAAUUGUCCCAAACUUAGCCAAGAAGGUCAAGCUGGAAAACUGUGAGAACUUCACCUUCGUCUCAUUUACUCAGGUCUCCAGGAGGCUUGGCUCCCACAGCUGCUGCCAGUGAGCCUGCCCUGGGUCCGGGCCACUGCCAUGGGGCAGCCGGCGAUGACCGUGACCUCAUGGCCGGACUGGCCUCUGUCAGUGUGACCUGCUGUUUCUUUGACUUUGGAUUUUUUUUUUAACUGAAAGUAGAUGAUUCUGAAUACUUAGGAUGUUUCAUCCAAAUGUGUGUCACCUUUGUUAAAUUAUGGAAUCUAAUACCAUGUGUAAUUGCUACAUACACAGGAGCAAGGACGUUCAUGUUUUC